AUGUUUAAUCCACAGUACCUAAAUGACUACCUCCACUACAACGUUCUCAAAACUGGUUUCCUCGGAGCACUUCCUGUUUUAGUUCAGUUUAUGCUCAAAUUGCUAGGAGGAGUUUCAAGUGAUGCGUUGAAGUGCCUAGACGAAACCACUAAACUUCGUGUGUACAAUUCGCUUGCCCUUGGAGGCUCCUCCAUUUUCUUUGCGAUUUUGGCUUUCGUCCCUCGUGAAAAUCACACCACUGCCAUUGUUGUUCUUGUCUUUGCUGAAAGCUUACUUGGGCUUAAUACGGCUGGAUUCAACAAGUGUGCUACGUUACACUCACGACAAUACGGGCACUUUGUAAUGACGCAAAUAAUGAAUAUAUGGGCCGUGACAAUACUUCUCGAGCCGUUUGUGGUGAACGCGAUCGUUGCUGCUAACAAGUAA